CUGCUGCUACUAACUACGUCACUGCAAGGCCAAACCUUCGGCAUCCAGCACAUCCAUUAGAACAGUCGUCCCGAGAGCCUCGUUGAAGCCGCUCCUCACCCCCUCCGAUUUUCGACAUUCUACAUCAACAAUUAGGGUAAUUGUAAUUAGGGACAAUUGUCCUUCGUAAUAAGGGUGAUUAGGAUCGAAUAGCCUUUCACGGGGGGUGAGUGCGCUUUGUGAUAUCGUGUACGGCACCUGUUGUGUUUUUAUUUUUGACGUUGUGUGUUUCGGAAAUGAUAACAUAGUGUUCGGCGCAAGUGAGUGUUUAUUGUGAACCUUUGGAAAAGGCUUGGGAGAGGGACUGAUGCGCCCGAGUCGGAUGUACGGCUAGAGCACAGAAGGAGACCGUCCACCAGUGAUAACGUCCCCGAUUUCUGUGGUACAAGUCAACCGAGUAGUCACCACGCUGAAUUACACGGACUUGGGCAGCCCCUUCGGGGAAGGGGCGUCGGGCGGUUCCAACACGCCGACACCGACGACGGAUAUGGACCACCACCACAUGGCCGGUAUGAACCACCAGGAAUCCGCCGGGGGCAACAUCACCCCCGUGCCGCCCCCGACUUCCAAGUCGGCGUUCAUAGAACUCCAGCAGCACUCCUACAACCCCGUUCGGUCGUACCACCCCCAUCAUUUCGGAGGGCAGCAGGGCCAGACGAAUCCGGGACACCACGAAGCGCCGGGGUUCGCCAGCCCGAGAGCCGCCCUUUCAGCGUACCCUUUCCCUCCGAUGCAUCACAACUCGUACACCGGCUACCACCUCGGCACUUACGCUCCACAAUGUCCAUCUCCUCCCAAAGACGAUAAAUGUGGGGAGGACGGAGGCCUGAGGGUGAAUGGGAAGGGGAAGAAAAUGAGAAAACCUAGGACGAUAUACAGCAGCUUACAGCUCCAGCAGCUUAACAGAAGGUUCCAAAGGACGCAGUACCUGGCGCUGCCGGAAAGAGCCGAACUUGCCGCCUCCCUCGGAUUGACCCAAACACAGGUCAAGAUUUGGUUCCAAAACAGGCGGAGCAAAUACAAAAAAAUGAUGAAGGCGGCGCAGCAAGGAGGAGGCGGCAAUGCUGGAGGAGCAGGAGGCGGAGCGCCGCAUAUGCUUGGAAAUCCUCCGCACACCCCGGGAAUGCAAGGACCAAGCAGUCCACAACCGCCAGGAGGUACGGAAAUUAACAGUGGUAACGGAGGUUCGUCGAGCGGGAGCCAGCACUCGCCGGGUGGUUAUCUAGGGGGCCACGUGGGGAAUACGCCCACUCCUAGUUCAACCCCCGUUUCUGACAUGUCGCCCCAACCCCCUCAUGGUGGAUCGCCCCCUGGACCAUGGGAAAUGAAACCAAACCUUCCACCCCCUCACCACCAUCACCACCCCGCCAGCUACAUGCCGCAGUAUUCAUGGUACCAGACAACGGAACCGAAUCCUGGGCUCCUGACGGUGUGGCCAACUGUCUAACGAAAAAGGCUCCUGGGUUACCUAGACGGAGGAUGCGAGAUGUAGCGACCAAAUAUAUCGAAACAUUCCACAUUUGGACAUAUCGCCUUAUGAAGGAAUAUCUUUGAUUAUUAAAGCACGCUGAUCUGAUGGUUGUGUUAAACAGUGUUACCUACAAGGAACGUUGAUGUGUCGUUGUGUACAAAUAUCAUGUCCUAAAUCUUAAUAUGAGCUAAAUGGACCUUUGGACUACUACCCUCCCACAUUUCCGGUUCGUUCUUUUAGUGUUAUAUUAUUUUGCGAGUGAUGUGUACAUGGAUGUAACCUAUAUAAAUAUAAAUAGACAAUCUUAUUGUAUUAUAAAUUGCGUAUAGGUUUAUAUAUAAAUAUAUAUAUAUAUAAUUGAAUAAAACACAGAUAUGUAUGUAGAUUUUGAUUCCUUGUUUUUGUUUUAUUUUUAAUUUUUUAUAUGCGCUCUGCUGUUUUGUAAAUGUAUAAAUAGUCUGUGUUCAAAUAAUGUCGAGGAGGUAGAGCGCAUACGAUGCUAUGCAAUUUUUUAGUUUUUAAUUGGAGGUCAGUUAGCAAUUGGCAAUCAGGGUCUUAAGUUUAUUAUCUUACAAAGCGACUCGAUCUGAUGGCGAACUGAACGAAUAUUCGAUCCGACCUGUGUACAAUGAUUAGUGUAGUGAUAUUUUUAUAUAAUCGAAGAUCUCAAUUAUCAGAACUUUAUAAAGUUUGGUCAAGUUUACGUUUUGUAGUUGGGAAAAUUGCAAUUGCCGCGUAACGUAUUUAUUUUAUUUAUUCACAGCCGUGGCAAAGCGAUUGUUAGUAAAUUAAAAGAUGAUUCGAUGCAAUAAUUUUAGUUUCGUGGUAAAGGAAUCCCAUUUUGUUCUUCUCCUAGUUAUUCACAUUAGAUAUUUAUUUAAUACGGGUGCUUUAUUUUUCUAUAAAGAAAAUUAUCUUAUGGGACUAUUGUUUUAUUUUCUUUUGGAUGGCCCCGAGUUGACAAUGGUGGCAGGAGAGAGUAAUUCGGCCGUUUAUCGAACCGGCGGACCAUCUCUCUCUCUCGCUCACUCUCUUUAUAAAUAUUUUAUUUCCAAGUGAGAUCGAUCCAAAACGCGGUCACGUCACCCGUAGAUUCGCGUGAGUCACGGACCGAUUUCUAGAACCGAGUCCUUCGUGGGGUUUGAUGCUGUCCACUGGAAAUAUUUUAUUGACACCCCUCGACAACCCGGCCGGCAAUGUUUUAUGUCGCAACGUGUUGCUCCCCCCACGGAGAGCUGGAUUACACGGUAAAUAUUAAACGAUAAAUCAUCCGACAAUUUUUAUCCCUCACGUAUUUGUUCAGUCGUAGUUGACAGAUUGCCGGUAACUCUAUUUCGACCAUCAGUUCGACUUGCGAGACGGACUUUAGUUUUUAGCUCCAAGUAUCAGACUUCAGAGUGAUAACAGACAAAUUAUUUUUUAAAAAUUGUUAGUAUUUAGUGUUAUUUUUCCUCCUCCUCAAAGGAAAAUUUCAGUUUAC